AUGUUAAGUAAAAUAGAUAAGGCGGCAUCCUCUGCAGAGAAGCGCACGCUCGAGUCUCUACUCGGCUGGGAAGCAAAUGACCCUGAGGAUAGUAUUUUCUUGAAGAGGAUAAUAAAACUAAUUGAUGGUUAUUUACCAUUGCGUUGGAAAGAAUGGAAAAUUAGAGACCUUGAUAAGGAAGACUUAUUGGGAAACGAAUUUGAUCCCCAAAUUCUUAACAAAAUUAGAUUUGCCCUUGCCACUGUUGGACUUGCCAGAGCUUUUUCUCCUGAGUGCACAUCGCUAAAGGAGAAAACUUAUAGAGAUAUAAAAUUAAAACUUUUGAAAUGGCCACUGUGUUAUACAUCCAAUGUCUCUGGCUGCAAAAGUACGAGGUUCAGCAGUCCAGAAUGA